AUGAGCUACGGCGGUGAGCUAUCGGGCAGACGGCGCUACUCGGCGCUCGUGUGGACCGCUCAGGAGCAGCUGCGUCCCUCAGCUCCGCCCGAGCCGGAGCCGCCGGCUCGCUUCCCUGUGGUCUGGGCCGGCCUGUGGAGAGACCGCCCGGGUCAGUUUCCCAUCUCCCGUCUCGGACAAGACUCGGAGGGGUACCGGGUGCUGUCACCGUCACCGUCCGGACAACUGAACAUGGCAAAGGAGGCAACGAGCCGCGCGGAGAUAGGCUUUGUCACCAAUGGGUUGCACCAGGAGAGCGGUGGCACUAACGGCACCAGCGCUGGUGCCAGACGGGAGCUGGAGGACGCCGAACCAGUAGUGCGGAAGACCCUCGACCCCAACCGGUAUGCCACCAAGAAGACGAUCGCUCAGGGGAUGCUGGACGUGGCGCUACUGACUGCCAACGCGUCCCAGCUGCGCUACGUCCUACAGGUCGGCGAGGAGCACGAGUUCUAUACGCUGAUGGUCACACUCAUCAGUCUCAGCAUUAUACUGCAGUGUCUCCAGGCCAUCACCAACGUGGUGCUGAGCCGACUGGACGCUCGCGACACGACGCGCACGCGUCUGCUGGCCCGCGAGUACCUGAACCACCUGACGCUGGCGCUGGCGCUGUUCACCGUCUGUGUGGACGCCAUCCGUACCGGGUUCGGGCUGGACGUGCAGCCGACCAGGCGCGUCGUGGCCGACCCGUGAGGGAGGGGCUGGCUGCCCGGGUCCGCCGGUGGUGGAGAGAGGCGCUGCUCGGGUCGUCCGGUGGUGGAGAGAGGCGCCGCCCGCGGCUUGGCGGCUGGCCAGUGCUACUGUGGGGUCCCCGCGGUACUACCAGCCGACAGGUCUCAAAAGUCAGAGGAUAAGAUACUUCCUGCGAGCGAGGACUGAGACAAUUCGAAAGCUGCGGGAGAAGGGCGAAGUAGAUGUGGUAGCGAAACUGCUAUUGCAGGCAGAACAUACCUAAGCGUAGAAAAUGCUUCUUCUCUUAGCCAUCGAUGUGUAGAAAAUGGAAUAGCUGGAUAGUGGAUACAGUGAUAGGUGUACUUAUUGAGCAAAAAUGUAGACCCCGCACAGCGUCUUGAGCGCAUCUUUAGUGCCACAGGCGACUACGGACUACCUUCCACUCUGACGUAGCGCGAUGUCCGCUGUAUCUUACAGUAGUUAUUUUUCAUUGUUCAGAAUCAGAAGCCCGAUAUCGGGUCGUAAUGUAGUGUGCCGUGUGUGUAUAGCGACUAGCAGUGACGUAGUUAUUUACUUGACAAUCGCGCGUAUAAUAGUUCUUCCUAACUCCUGACACUGGGUUGGUCCCCCUUUACUCGAUAUGCUGUGCGUGUAAUUUCCUGUUUCGAGACGUGAAAUAUUUGGCCUAAUUCUGCUUUUAUGUAGCAUAUGAGCAUUUGUAUUUGGAGCACGAGGCACGGGAUGUGAAGAUGUGGCACACAUAUGGGUAGUGAUACGAAAAUUCGCACCCGUACAGUGUACUUUGAAUAGUGAUGGUAUUGUGAUAUAAAGUUCAGAAUGGCUAUUGUGGUAAUUGGUUAGGUAGUUUUAACGGUGUAACGCCGUUUCGAUUCGAACACGUGCGAACACAUUAGUUGCAUUGAAAUUGGCUAAUCCUGUCGGAUACGGAGUGGUCGUUUGAUGAUGUCUGCCAAUUUGACACUUUUCAACGGGUUUCUCACGCCUGAAUGCACCCUCUACACUCUUGCGUUCCCUCUAACUCUUGAGCACCGACCCGAACUCGCUGGGCCCUCCGACCUGACCUGACCCGAGCCCGUUCCGUGGUCUGUUUCAGAUCCUGGUGGGAGUCCUUCUGAUGGUGCUGGGCGCACUAGACAUCAACGACGAAUCCCCCACCCAAAUGGCGGCAGACAUCAUCAACGACGUCACCGUCAUCAUGGUGUUUAUCAUCACGCUACUCAAUGUCAUAAUCGCCUCGUUCGGCAUAGAGGCGACACAGAGACUCUUUGUGACGGCCUCACCGGCGCCGGAGGCGGUCUGACCUGUGUCAGCUAAGGUCAGAGGUCACCGUGGGUCAGCUGAGGUCACUGCUGACCAGCUGAGGUCACAGAGGGUCAGCUGAGGUCACAGAGGGUCAGCUGAGGUCACUGGUAUUGCGAAUCGCCAGUGACCCGGGCGAUGUCGUAUUCUGUCACUGUGUAUGCUACUGUAUGCCCGAGCAGCCGUUAUUGCUCCGUGUCUACUGAGCAGAAUACUUCUCGAUGUGUAAUGGAAAGGUGAUCAUUGAUCAGUUGUGAUGAUAUUGAGAUGACCACCGCGGUCUCGGGAGAAUUACGAACACAGGAUGGCGUCGUACAUUUAUAUUUCACGUUGCACUAUUGUACAAAUAUGCUCCAUGUCUGUCAGCUGCUCUCAUUCACCCUAGUUAUAUACACCUGUACGUGCACGUUCGUGCUCCAUAACUGUUUCCGAUGGGUUUGCGCCCUUACCGCUGCUCCAUAGCUGUCCGUCUCACCAGUCACCGCGUGGCAUGUGCUUUGUCUACUAUAAAUAGGGUGUAAAUAGGUAUGUUAUGUAGACACUGACAUUUGUCACAUUUGUUUUCACCCGUCAAUGGAAUAAAUGUAAGAUAUGUGUAGCUUGCGUGUGUUUUCCACGGUUGUUUCGGUUGUGCAUUGCAAAUGGAACUCGGAGGCAACUCCCUCUUGUGCACUACCUGUACAGACUAGUACCUAUACCUAUAGUGGUGUUAGGUAUACGUCACGAUGACACCGAUCACUGAUCAGCAUGUAGGCCAUUGCUUAUGAUCAACGAAACACUGCGUAAACGUAUAAGAUGUUCACUGUCGUGGUUUUUCCAUAGGUAAUUGGUUUUGAUUGAGACCUUUUGUUCCCUCAGUUUGUCGUAAAUCUUGCCACGGCAUAAAAUAAGCAAUCUGGUUGUUAUUCUGUACCGUAAAUAAAUAAUUGUUUGUUAUUUCGGACGGUAA